AUUAUCACUACAACGAUAGGUCUGGCACCAUAGUAAGAGAGGGAGAGAGAGAGAGAGAGAGAAGAAAGGAAAAGGGAAGACAGAAAGUAUUUGACAACAAGGCACCACUGGCAUUUGUCAUUUAGAAUCGUCAUGCUGGCCAGAAGUAAAGUGUCUACCUACCCGCCUAGCAGCCUGUCUACCUCUUGGCAUACGUAUCGCAUCGAGGACCCAGCUAAGCCAGAGAAAGGUGCCCCACCGCACUUGAUAUUAGAGAGGAGCGAGUUCCGAGCAUCUUGAGUCUUCGUAGUGGGAAGAAAUAAGGAUCCGAUAUGCUUCGCCACCCAAACCGUCUUCAGUUCUCAUCCGAGACUUGAUCCGAAAACGAACCACCAUGCCGCUUGUACCUUCCUGAGUCGAGGAUCUGCUCAAGAAUAUCCCAGAAAGUGAAGUUGUGCCUUUUGGGAGACAUUACAAAAGUUUCGUGUGAAAUAGUAAAGAAAGAGAAAAGGAAGAAAAACCUGAAGAAAGUCGAGAAAGAAUGCGAUUCUUGAAGAUGAGACACGGCCUGCUGGCCUUGGCCGCGGCCGUGGCCGUCGUCUUAGCUCUUCUGCCUAGCUUGGAUGCUGCAGCUGCCACCGCCAAGGAGAAGAGCAAGACUCGUGGCAAGAGGCAGCAGAUCGCCUUUUAUCCUAGAAGGGGUCCAAGACCUCCACCUUAUGCCGUGCAGAUGGAGCCGAUGAUUCAGUAUUCCCAGAGGGAUCCACUUUACGAUCCUUUGGCAAGCGCCAAGAACGAUGAUGGUUACUAUGAUGAAGCACCCUAUAAUUACUAUCCCACUGAACCGGAACCGAUCAUCGAGAUCAUCAUCAAGGAGUCGAAUGAAAGCUUGCCGACUCCGGUACCACCUCCACAGCCAACACAGCCCAGACCCACCAAGGAACCUAUUCAGGUGUUCUAUGUGAAGUAUGAGAAGAAGAAGGGCUAUGGAGAUGAGAAGCCAAGAGUUGUAUACGAUCGUCCAAUACCUGCCAUAACACCUGUUGAGACCCAUGAAGAAAUUUUACCCAAAUCAUCCGCACCAUACGAGGAAUCUGCUCCUACAGCAUCCGCUACGCCAUUGCCACCGAUUGAACCAACCUCUACGACUACACUGAGGACUGUUAUUCGACCGGAGAGCGAGGUUUAUCAUGCUGGAAGUUCGGGAAUAAGAGUAACUUUUGGGAAGGAACAGUUACCACCGAAUAAUCACAAUAAGCGCAGUGAUCACGAUGCUCCACCAUCGCCAAGUUUCUCGGUUCCGGGACCAAUAUUUUCUGGUUCUACGAAGAGACAGCAUGGACCUUAUCAAUCUCUUCAACCCGUUCCCCACAGAGUCGCACCUGCUUUCCCUCAACAGAGAAUCGUAAACUCCUUUCCACCUCAGCAACUUCCGCCUCAGCAACAGCAGCAGCUGCAACAACAAUUGCAACAGCAAGGUCUACCAAAUUUCCAACAGCAACAGCAAUUUCAGACGCCUCCACAAAUCAGGAACCCUCAGAGACCUCAGAGACCACCAAUAACUAUUCAAGGCUUACCUGAUAUUCAGCAGAGGGUACCGUUUAAUUCGUUUGUGCCGCCACAUAGUGUCAACAUCAAUCAUCCUCAACAACCAGGCUUCCCACCGACCCUUUCUGUCUCCCAUCAGAGUGUUCACAUACAGAAUCAACCACAGCCUCCCGUUCAGCCUGGAAACUUCAAUUCGGAGCAGCAUGCACAACCGGCACGACAAUUGCAGAAUUAUAAGCAGCAGGAGCAGGAGAAGCAACGAUAUCUUGAACAGCGCCGGCACCAGGAACUAAUAAAGCAACGCGAACAACAGCGACUGCAAGAACAGCAUCGACUACAGGAUCAACAAAGGCAGAUUGAGCAACAACGAGUUCAAGAGCAACAGCGAGUACAGGAACAGCAGCGAGUGCAAGAACAGCAGCGAGUGCAAGAGCAGCAGAGAAUACAAGAGCAGCAGAGAAUACAAGAGCAACAGAGAAUACAAGAGCAACAAAGAAUUUUAGAACAGCAAAGGCGCCAACAGGAGCAGGAACGUCAAGAACAGCAGUAUCAACAGCAGCAAUUGAAAUUUGGCCAAACAAGUCAUUCCAUACAACAACAGCAGCAACAGGUGCAGCCACAGAAGGCCGGUGGGGAGAUAUUGAAGGCUGUACCAAAAUUAGAACAGCAUUAUUCGAUAAGAGAAAAUCCUCUGCAUCCUGGCCCAUUCCCGCCGAAUCAACUGUUGGUGCAAGCAUCGCAAUCACCAGAAAUUUCAGGACAUCAAUUUGCUUCUAGCCAAAGACUAAACACGAUUGAGAAUCAGCAGUUCUCAAGAAACCAUCAAAGCCAGUUAAUUACUCAGGCUCAACAGUUGCAGCAGCUUUCUCAACAGCAACAACAAUUAAUUGAACAGCAGAAAGAAUUAGCUCAACAGCAACAGCAAUUGAAUCAACAGCGGCAACAACAGCAACAAUUAAAACAACAACAGCAGCAACAACUAAAUCAACAGCAGCUAUUAAAUCAACAACAAAAGCAACAAUUGAACUUGAACAAACAACAUGCUUAUCAAAAUCCACAACAAUUCUUCUCCCAAAAUUUACCAACUCCUCAGCAGCAACAUAUUGCUUCUUCACCACCAAGAUCCACGUGGGGUAGACCUAUAUUUCAAAGUAGCAAUGGGAAUCCUACACAAAAAAUCUAUGCGACUCCUAUCAGCAAUUCCCCAGAUCUUAACAUAUCCUCGACUACCGCAAAAUCCAUUAUCAGCAGCACUACGAUCAGCAGCACUACUACAACAAGACCCAGCUCAAGAAUUCCUGAAGAUACAACAACAACAACGACAGUGUCACCAAAGAAUGAAGCCAAAAUACAAGAAAACAUUGCUAAUCUUCCCGACGAAGUGCCAGAGGACAUUCGGCAGCAGUUGCUGAGUAGCGGCAUCCUGGGUAACGCCGAUAUUCAGAUUCUAGAUUACGACAAAGUCGGCGACAUUCCCAUCGAGAAUCUACCACCGGAAGCCUUGGCGAAUUUCUAUGGCGCAGGUGGCGCUUCCGCAUCUGCAAGCGAACAGGUGAAAACAAUAGCUAAGAGACCGAAGGUCGCAGAAAAAUUGCCGAUUGAGAAAUCAACAAAGGUGGAACAGGCUACUUUAAAACCAGGAGGAGUAGAAAUGAAAGUAGUCCAUUUCGAUCCUAAUACGGCGCAAGGACAGGCGAUUGCCGAUCGCCACAUCAAAGACGACGCCACCCAAUUAAAACCUGUAACGGUCGGAGCGAAAGACGAAUCUCAAUACAAUCGUUAUCUUCCUUUAAAAGUCAGCGGCGCAUCCUUUCCAAUUCCUGACGUUCCUGAGCUAAACGGCCGGAAAAUUACUAGCGUGGUUGUCCUGGCACCGGUCGAUUACGAUUUUCAUGACAAAGAUUCGGAACAAACUCGUCAGAGUAAAAAGGUCAAUGAUGUACAGGCUGUCCACUUCUUGGCUGGCGACACACUCAAGCAAUUGGUCAAAAAACCAAAUGCUGAAAAUUACAAAAAGUGGCUGGAACAAGAAAGUCGUACGGAACCACAAAGACAAUCGGUUGUCCUCUUGGUAACCACACCAAUGGAUGAUUCUCAUGGAGAGAAAGAAAUAUAUAUGUACGACGUAAAUUCCCAGGCUGUCAGUAAAUUGGCUGGCGAUUUAUCUUCGGCUUUCGUUGACGCAGCUGAGAGCAAUUCCGAUGGUUCGGAGUCGAUGGAUGAUUCCACUACCGCAUAUCGAACGUCUAAUUAGACAAAUCAAUGAAAACAAUCAUGUACAUAUGCGGCAAGGAUGGUAACGAUUCGCGUGCCAAAAUUUAACCCAAAACGAAGCCUCGAAUAAUGCAACAUACCGGUUCGACGUUUCCUCACAGGAUUACAAAUUGGAACCAGAAAAUCCGGCUAUUAAAUAAGACUUCGUUUAUGAAUAUCUGAUGUAGAUAUCCUAAUAUGUAUUAUUGUGUAUAUAUGUCUGUAAAAUCUU